AUGAAGUGUCUAUAUUUAAUAAUAUUGGUCUGUGUUACCUUAACUUCGGCUAAAAAAUACAACGACGAGGAAAAGCCGGCUUGGGCUAAGAAAGACAUACGAGACUUCAGCGAUGCUGACAUGGAACGUCUUUUCGAUCAAUGGGAAGAAGACGAAGAUCCUCUUCCUGAGGACGAAUUGCCGGAACACUUGCGUAAACCACCAUCUCUUGAUUUAACUAAGUUGGAUAUGUCUAAUCCUGAAUCAGUGCUGCAAGCGACGAAAAAGGGACAAACUAUAAUGAUGUUUGUAACUGUUGCUAACAAACCAAGUCGACACAGGACAGAAGAGUUGACUAAGAUAUGGCAGUCGGGUCUUUGGAGUGCUCAUAUACAAGCAGAGAGGUACCUUAUAGAUGACGACAGAGCUAUAUUCAUGUUUAAAGAUGGUUCCCAGGCUUGGACAGCAAAAGAAUAUCUUACUGAUCAAGAUGAACUCAAAGAUGUGCAGCUUGAAAGCCAAACUUAUCCAGGGAAAAAACCUGAUGUUAAGAACAAAUCUGUACGAGAUGAACUAUAA